UGAUUGUUUUCUGCAGAGGAAGCUCUUGCCCCUGGUAUGAGCUCUGUGCUGUGGAAUGGAGCAGCACUGUGUGUUUUUUUGCCUCCUCUCUGUGUGUGUCUGCUAACGAUGAUGUGAACAAACAACGCGAUUGCAGUCCUUGUUGUAAACGAGCAGGGGAAAACAAAAAACAAGGAGGCGCGAAUGAACAGGAGUGGAGGUUUCUCUUUCAACCAGACACUGGAGACGUCUGGAUACCAAGCCCUAAAGUGCCAAAUGCCCAGACUAGAGGACCACUGCUGGAGCUGCUCCUGUGCAUCAAGGGUCGAAAGUAAACACUCAUCUGGAGCAAACUGGUUAGCAUCCAAAGCUGAAGAAAUGAUGUCCAUCAUCACCUCGGUGCUCAGCAAUGCCUACGGCUCUCUGCACGACGUCCGGACGGCCAACCUGAUCCGGCGGGGUCUCGUCCUCUUCACCGUCGGAGCGUUCCUCGCCCUGGUGCUCAACUUGCUGCAGAUACAAAGAAAUGUCACCCUGUUCCCCGAGGAGGUGAUGACAACUUUGUUUUCGUCCGCCUGGUGGAUCCCACCUUGCUGCGGCACAGGAGCCGCUGUUGUCGGCCUGCUCUAUCCCUGCCUCGACAGCCACUUGGGAGAGCCGCACAAGUUCAAGAGGGAGUGGGCCAGCGUCAUGAGGUGCAUCGCAGUGUUCGUUGGAAUCAACCACGCCAGUGUUAAACUAGACUUCGACAACAACGUGCAGCUCUCCCUAACACUGGCAGCCUUGUCCUUGGGCCUGUGGUGGACAUUCGACCGAUCCAGAAGUGGCUUUGGUUUGGGCAUCACCACUGCCUUCCUAGCUACUGUGUUCACGCAGCUGCUGGUCUAUAAUGGAGUCUACCAGUAUACGUCUCCAGACUUCUUAUAUGUACGCUCCUGGCUUCCGUGCAUAUUCUUCUCAGGCGGUGUUACUGUGGGAAACAUCGGACGGCAACUUGCUAUGGGUGGCGUUGAGAAACCCCACAUGGACUGAACAUCGGAAACGCAGAAAACCAGGCGAAGGACAGCCGGCGUAAAAAAUGGAAGUUAUGUGAAGAACGAGAAGAAUAACAGGAGAAAAAAGACUCGUUGUGUUGACUUCAUCCUUUGUUCUCAUAACAAAGUGCGGGUCAGAAAAGCCCCUCAUCUAACGUGCCAUGUCCUCUGCACCUCCUUGUGGCCAAGCAACCUCUCCCUCCCACCUCUGUUGUACUCCAUUAGCAUUAAGGCUUCCUUCACACUAGACGGGAGGACGGUGUUUGCCUUUUUUUGUUGCUGUUUUGAAGUGAACUGUUGACUGGUUUUUAUUUUCACGCUGGAAGUACGUAUCUUUCGGCGGUUUGUGGAGAGGAAGCGUGCGCGUGUGUGCUUUAGUGCGGUCGUAUCCUAGCAGAGAAGACAUAAGGGGGUGCUAUAAUGUCUGUUUUCUUUUCUUUUUUUUAGCCGGAAUUUAAUAUGAUCAUAAAAAGGGAAAUGUUGUAUGAGUGGGCAAAAAAAAAAAAAAAAAUGUCCUCACUCUCACAUAAAAAUGUAUUCAGCGGCCUCGGUUGCAUCACUGAGGCACAGGGGAGAUGUAUGUUCCCACUUAAACCAAAUUAAGUAUUUAUUUAGUAACUUUUGAAUGACCCCAAACCAAAUGUACUGUAUGGUUGAUAAUGAAUGACACUUGCCAUUUUGAAAGGAAUAGUUUGAAAAUUUGGGGAGAUUCUUCUUCUUCGCAGUGAAUAAGAAGAGAAUAUUAAUACCACUCUUUAGCCAGCAGACGGUUAGCUUAGCACAAAGGACUGGAAACUGCAGGGCCUGGCUCUGCUGAGUUUCUCAAAAUCCACCUACCAGCAUUUCUUAAGAUCACUUAAUUAACAUUUUUAUAUCAUGUUUGUUUAAUUGAAACCUAAAAAGCCGAACUAUCUGUUGCUGUCGCUAGCUACACAUUUCCGUUACAGACGCGAGUGGUAUUGAUCUUCUGAUUUAAGUUAACUAUUCCUUUAAAGUGACUGUGAAACAUAUUCUAGGAGAGGAAAGUAGAUGGAAUGAAGAGAGACAGAAAGUAUGUACAGCAGUGCUAACUAUCAGUUAGUACUGGCUGAUAUUCACUUGUGGCUGAUAUACUUAUAUCUCAUGUGUUAUGAAAUUUAGCACAGAAGAUGCAAACUAUUUAGGUCACUCAAUGAAAAUUAGUGGUAUAUACCUGUGGAUGGUAUCACAUUCACAGCUGCCUGUCAGCACAAGAUCACAUUUUACUUGUUGGAAAACUCCUCAGAGACCUUCAGUGUGCUCUUUUGUCUGUUUCGGAUAAGUUUAAGACAGACAGGCAUAGAUUGUUUAGUAUGAGGGAGGGAGAAAUAACACAUCAAAGCAUUAGUCUGGGAGAGAAAUGCCGGCAUGUGCACAUUUAGUUUUUUUAUCAGCAGAGUGAGGAAAGUCACCACGGUGGAUUGUGUGUUGAAAGAAUGUACCAGGACAACUGCUUUUGCCAGCAUUUGCGGUUACUGUUGAACCAGUUUAUAUCCCUUUCAAAUGGUUCCUUUUCCCUUUGUGACCAGGUGUUAAAUGUCUUGUAGAACGGGCCUGUGAUUCCCGGUUGAGACAAACAUUUUACUGCGUGACUGUACACAUUUCCCACUUCAAAUUGUACCUUCAAACGAAGCCCUGAAAGUUUGGGAACAUACGCAAGUUGAAGGAGAGGGCAGGACAUUAUUACUUAAGAUUUGCAAUCUGUGAUUGCCUGUGUAUUAUAGAAUGUAGUGCUUUUGUCACUAUAACAGUUUAGUUUUAUCAUUUGUACAAACAUAAUGACAUUAUUGCUUGUAUGUAUAAUGGCUUGCCUAUGUAAUCAGACAGGUAUUAUUACCAUUCUAGACCUACAGUAUGUUAGAUAGCGUUUGGGGGUCUAGAGAAUUAAGUGCAAUCAAGAGUACAUGAGCCGAUUAUUCUUCCUUAUUUAUUAUUAUUUCUGACAAUGGCUAAAAAAAAUAACUGGUUGUAAGUAUAUGCAGUGUGGAUACUUCAAAAAAAGCAAUAACAUCUUUGUUUUUUGUGAACAAGACUGUCAGAGAUUACAUGCCUUUUUUUUAGAGUCAAUACCAAUGACCUUCACCAGAGAGACAACAUAAAAAAAAUAUAUUGUGUCAAACUGUUGUAAAAAAUCUCAUUUAGUAGCAUUAUCGAAGGAAACCUGAUUUAUUUUUUUAAAUACUUUUUUGUGGCAGAUCACUUCAGGUCGAAUCUGCUUACAUUCAGGUGUGCUCAACUGAAGAGGAAGCUUUAUUUUUUUGAGGUGGUGAAGCACCUUUUGUUUCGAUGUGUCAGAGUUUCUGUGUGUGUGUCUGAUAGUUCAGCUGUGUACCAUUUUUGCUACCAUGGAUUGAGUGAAAAAUAAAAACACCUGACAAGGAUA